AUGAUUGUUUUAUCCAAUAAUCGAAGAAAAAUCAAUUGGAAUAUUGUUGUAAAUGCUUUAAUUAUGCAUUAUUUAAUGGCUCUGAUUAUAAUUAAAUGGCCACUUGGUCGAUGGUUUUUCCAACAAGUUUCAAAUUUAGUUGUAGGAUUAUUGGACUUUGCACAAGUUGGUGCACAGUUUGUUUAUGGAUUUAUUGCGGAACCACCGAAAAUCUGCAAUUUAUCUUCAGUAUUCAUUUUUACGGUAUCUUUUAAAUUUUCAGAUUACUGUGUUUUCAUGAAUUCAAUUUCAGUCACUUCAAACCUUGAUCUACUUUGCUGCAGUUGUUGCAAUCCUAUUUCAUUUCGGAAUAAUUCAAGUUGCUCUAGCAAAAGCUAGUUUCUUCAUGAAACUUUUGAUUGGCACAACAACUAUCGAAUCAUUAUAUGUUUGGGCUUGCGCAUUUCUUGGAAUGUCAGAAGCACCUUUAGUUAUUGCUCCAUAUAUGUCAAAACUAACCGAUUCCGAACUUUUUGCGGUUUUAACAAGUGGUUUUUCGUGUACCGGUGGUACUGUAUUCGCAGCAUAUAUGCAACUUGGAGCAUGUCCUGAAUAUUUAUUGACAGCUUCUAUUCUUUCGGCGCCUUUGAGUUUGGCGUGUUCGAAGAUGAUGUUUCCUGAAGAAGAUAUUCCUCAAAUGAAAGAUGAAGAUCUACAUUUAGAACAUGGGUAAGCAAUUGAAUUUUGUCUGCAGACACAUUAAUUCUUCAAUAAUAAUUUAGUGAGAAGAAAACUUUCUUCGAUACAAUUUGUUCUGCCGGAGUUGCAAUGGUUCCAUCUGUUUUUGCAAUUGGAGCAUCUUUAGUUGUUGUGAUUUCACUUUUAGCACUUCUCGAUGCAGUUAUGGAAUAUCUAGGUGUACUUAUCGGUUUUGAAGGUUGGACAUUUCAAAUGUUAUUUGGUUAUGCGUUUUUCCCAUUGGCUUAUAUGAUGGGAGUCACUGAUGUGGAGCAAACUUUAAAGUGAGAACUUCAGAAAAACAUAAGGAUCUAAUGUUUUUCAGAGUUGCUCAACUGAUGGGGACCAAAACCGCUGUGAAUGAAUUUGUUGCCUACAAAAACUUGGGUGAACUUCAAAAAACCAAUGAACUCCACCCAAAAUCGGUCCUAAUUGCCACAUACGCACUUUGCGGUUUCUCGAACUUUGGAUCAACUGGAAUUCAAAUCGAAAUAAUUGGUGGACUCGCACCACUCAGGAAAUCUAGAAUAUCUCAAUUCAUUUUGCUUUCUCUCUGCGCGGGUUCGAUUUCUUGUUUUCUGAAUGCCGCAGUUGCUGGAAUUCUAGUCACAACUCCAACAAUUUGUUCAUCAGCAAACAGUAAUUCAACAUGUUUCACAAUUCCUUCAUAA